GAAGGUGACGUGUGCUCUAUUCGAUAACCCACAGAAUUUUGUUCAUAGUUUUAAGUUUCGUCGUGCUGCUGAAAAGCAUCGCAUAUAAGAAAUCAUGUUAAGACACAGCUGUGCAUUUCUUAUAUUCUUGUGCAUUUUCGAAUAUGGUACAGGACUUUAUUUUCAUAUUGCUGAGACCGAGCGAAAAUGUUUUAUUGAAGAAAUUCCAGAUGAAACAACUGUUUUAGUGAAUUACAAGGUUGAAUUAUAUGAUCCAAGAACUGGCGGAUUUGCUCCUAGUAGUGCUGGUAUGGGAAUGCACGUGGAGGUUAGAGAUCCAGAUGAUAAAAUGAUUCUCUCUAGAGUAUACAGUUCAGAAGGAAAAAUUUCAUUCACUUCUCAUGUACCUGGUGAACAUGUAAUUUGUUUGUACUCUAAUAGUAGUUCUUGGUUCAGCGGUGCUCAAUUGAGAGUACAUUUAGAUAUUCAAGUGGGUGAACAUGCUAUUGAUUAUGCUAAUACAGCUCAGAAGGAAAAGUUCACUGAGUUACAGAUGAGAAUACGUCAGCUUCUUGAUCAUGUAGAACAAAUAACAAAGGAACAAAAUUACCAAAGGUACCGGGAAGAACGUUUCAGGCAAACAUCUGAAAGCACACACCGCCGUGUAUUCUGGUGGUCUUUUGCCCAAUCUGUAAUUUUAUUGAUCAUGGGUGCAUGGCAAAUGAGACAUCUGAAGAGCUUCUUUGAAGCAAAAAAACUAGUGUAAGAUCAAAAUUAAUAUUAGUCAUUUUACAAAAAUUUUACAAUCACGGGAGAUCUUCAUUGUAAUUUAUU